AUCACUUGUUUUGGGAGGAUGAGGAGGCGUCAGAUUAUUUUGUGACACAAGUUUCUUUGUGUGACAGCCAUUUCCGGACAGAAGGGGUCACAUGACAGCUCGACAAGUCGAUGAGCUGGACACACCGUCGCAGAGAUGGCGAUAUUCAGUGUUUAUUUGGUGAAUAAGGCCGGGGGAUUAAUCUACCAGUAUGACAACUAUGUUCCCCGAGCAGAGGCAGAAAAAACCUUUAGCUAUCCUUUAGAUCUGGUGCUCAAAAUCCACGACGAGAAGGUUAUUGUGUCAUUUGGACAACGUGACGGAAUCCGAGUGGGACAUGCAGUGCUCUCUAUUAACGGAGUGGACGUGAUGGGGAAGAAUACCGCUGAUGGGAAGGACGUUAUUGAAUAUCUAAAGGACUCCUCAAACUACCCGGUGUCUAUUCGUUUUGGACGGGCCCGUUUGAGCUCCAACGAGAAGCUGAUGCUGGCCUCUAUGUUCCACUCGUUGUUUGCGAUUGGUUCACAACUGUCCCCGGAAGUCGGCAGUUCUGGGAUAGAGAUGUUGGAAACGGAUGUCUUUAAACUGCAUUGCUUCCAGACACUAACUGGGAUAAAGUUUAUAGUCCUGGCAGAUCCACGGCAGUCCGGCAUUGAUGCAUUGCUGAGAAAGAUUUACGAGAUCUAUUCAGACUUUGCCCUCAAGAACCCCUUUUACUCUCUGGAGAUGCCUAUCAGGUGUGAACUUUUUGAUCAGAAUUUGAAGAUCGCAUUAGAGGUGGCAGAGAAGGCUGGAAGCUUUGGACCUGGUUCUUGAACUUGAGAAGACAAAACUAGACUGCCUAAACUAGGUCAUGUAUAUUCAAAACAGAUGUGUUGAAGUACCGUUGAGACACAUUCUAAUGUUGGAUUUUUGCUAAUGAUGUGGUUAUAUUUGUUGCAUUGUAAAUAUGACAUGUGUAAAUACCUUGGGAAUAAAUUCCUGUUCAUA